GGGCGGUGCACGGCGUUUCCUGGUAACUGCCGGCGUGGGGACGCGGAGGCGAUGCGCGGCCCGGAGUUGCCGGGAGCCCCGGAGCCCCGGACUGGGUCAGAGGUGCUGGGCCAGGCCGCCCGGCUCGCUUCCUCGGGGCUCCUGCUGCAGGUGUUGUUUCGUUUCAUUACUUUUGGUUUGAAUGCAUUUACACUUCGAUUUCUUUCAAAGGAAAUAAUUGGGAUAGUAAAUGUAAGGUUAAUGUUACUUUACUCAACUGUCACCUUCUUAGCCAGAGAGGCAUUCCGAAGGGCAUGUCUGAGUGGGAGCACAAAUCGAAAUUGGAGCCAAACAAUCAACCUCUUAUGGCUAACAGUCCCCUUGGGUUUGUUUUGGUCCUUGUUCCUGGGUUGGGUCUGGUUCCAGAUCCUUGAAGUGCCCGAUCCUAAUGUAGUCCCAAGUUAUGGAGUCGGAGUGGCAGCGUUUGGUCUCUCUGCAAUGGUUGAACUCUUAGGAGAACCUUUCUGGGUCUUAGCACAAACACAUAUGUUGGUCAGGUUUAAGGUGAUUGCUGAAAGUCUGUCAAUAAUCCUCAAGUGUGUUUUGACAGCUGUUUUGGUCGUGUGGUUGCCUCAUUGGGGACUUUACAUCUUUUCUUUGGCCCAGCUUUUGUAUACCACUAUUUUGGUGUUAUGCUACGCCAUUCAAUUCAUGAAGUUAAUGAGUUCCCAAGAAUCAACCAAGAAGUCUCUUCCAAUCUCAAGAAUGACAGAUCUGUUACCUGGCACCACAGUAAAUGAGACUUUUGUUAAUUGGAAAGAAGCUAAAUUGACAUGGAGUUUCUUCAAACAAUCCUUCCUGAAACAGAUUUUGACAGAAGGUGAGCGGUAUGUGAUGACAUUUUUGAAUGUGUUAAAUUUUGGAGACCAAGGUGUUUAUGACAUAGUGAAUAACUUAGGCUCACUUGUGGCCAGAUUGGUUUUCCAGCCAAUAGAGGAGAGUUUUUACAUAUUCUUUGCUAAGGUUCUGGAAAGGGGAAAGAGUGUCAAGCUUCAAAAACAGGAGGAUAUUGCCAUGGCAGCAACAGUUUUAGAGUCCCUGCUGAAGCUUGUCCUUCUGAUUGGUCUGACCAUAACUGUUUUUGGCUAUUCCUAUUCUCAGUUGGCUUUGGAUAUUUAUGGAGGGUCCAUGCUUAGUACUGGGUCAGGUCCUGUUCUCCUUAAAUGCUAUUGUUUAUAUGUCCUCCUGCUUGCUGUAAAUGGUAUAACUGAAUGUUUCAUGUUUGCUGCUAUGAGCAAAGAGGAAGUGGACAGGUACAAUUUUAUUAUGCUGGCCCUGUCGUUCACAUUCUUGCUAUCUUCCUAUUUCCUGACCAAGUGGCAAGGCAGUGUGGGCUUCAUCUUUGCCAAUUGUUUUAACAUGGGAAUUCGAAUUGUACAAAGCAUAUGCCAUAUCUAUAAGUACUACAGAGAGAGUCCUCAUAGGCCGCUGGCAGGCCUGCUUCCUUCACCACUUCUAAUUGUGGUCUAUGUGCUCAGUGGAGUGGUUACUGGUGUUUCAGAGGCGUUUCUGUGUUGUGAGAGAGGCUGGCUGGCCAGGCUUCUGCACAUCCUUGUGGGGGCUUUGUGUUUGGGAGCUACCCUUGUGACUGUGUUUUUCACAGAGACCAAGCUGAUCUUCUUUAUUCGAACUCAGUUCCUACCCAAAUAUACCCAGAAAAAAACAUGAACGUAUAGGAGAACCAGUUCCUAUAUUUAGUUCUGAAGGCCUAUCAGAAUGGUUUGUGGUAUAAAGGCUCAUUUCCUGUUCAAAGGAAAAAUAUCACUGAGUGAGAAUCCACUGAGGUUCUGGUAUUAACAAAACUAUAAGUUUAUAAGAAACUAGAAAAUUGGAAUCCAUUGGGAAAUAAUAGACAUAAUAUUUGGUUUAUGUUUUCGAAUCUAUUUGGAGUCUUAAAUAUUAAUGAAGGAUAUAAUUUUUAAACAGAUCAGAAUAAUAAUGGAAUUUUCAAUUUUCUUUUUGUCAUUUUGUACUAAUUUGUGUUUUUUUUUUCUUGGCUGAUUCCUUUAUGGUGUGAUCUAGCUUAAUCCCAAAUGUAUAAUCCCUAUUUUCUCAAGAGUUGAGUAACUUAGGGUCCUCCAAAAGAGAUCUGAUCAUUUAAUUAUUCUUAAAAACACUUAAUUCAUUUCCCCAAGGAAGGAAGAAUACAGAGUUUUGCUUACAGAACAAAAACUAAAUAAGAUACUUGAGCAAUGCUUUUACUGAAAUUAGCCAUCAUUGUGGUAUUUUCUUUCAGAGAAGAACAAAUGUCAUUCAUCCCACAAGCCAGGAAAAAGAAACAUGUAAUCUUUCUGAGAAGUAUGUUUCUAAGAAGCUUGAAUUAUUAGGAAAUAAAGAGAAAUUCAA